GUUGAAUACUAGAAAAUUUUCUUUACUCAAUACCGAACAAUAAAAUAGCUCAGAGAGGAAUUGAUGAUUAUUGAUAAAGAUACUUAUAAAAACACCUUUACAGCUGUCACAGUUAAGAGUACAAACCCUGGAUAACAGUACAAGAUUCCACAUGGUUAUGUAUAAGAACAUACUCUCAUAUUCAAAUACCUGAAUAUAUUCAACCUCAACAAAAAAUUGAUCAAAUCCGGCAACCACUUCAGCAUAACCGUUUAGCAAGACAAAAUAAUGGAGUCUUAUGAAAGUAAGAAACUUGAGCGGAGUAUUUCAUAUAAUAUAAACAAUAUACCAUGGUGUGGUCAGGUGAAACAUUACAAUAGAAGAAGAUCAAUUUGGCUCGGAUAUCUUAUGAUCAUAUUUGGAAUCAUUGCUAUAGCAUUUGGCGCAGCUGCCAUUGGUUUGAGAUCAGCUGGGGCUAACCAUGGGGCUGGUAUAUGGUGUGGAUUAUGUUUCUUUACCAUGACUGGUGUAGUUGGUGUCUUUGCAGGCAAAAGAAAGCUAAAGUGGCUGAUUGUCACAUUCCUGGUGAUGUCUAUUGUGACAGCGUGUGUUGCAUGUGUCAGCCUCUUCAUAAUAGCAUCUUAUGGUCUAGUGGUUGAUGUGCAUAAUUUCAUCAUAUACUCCCCAAAUGAUAAUAGAGUGAUGUGUAAUUUUUCAUGGGCAUAUGCAGUAGUUAGCAGACACUGCAAGGAAAAUGAGGCCAGAAUAGCAAUGAAUGUAGUGCUUGUGUUUGUGUCCAUCGUGGAGGGAGUUCUGUGUGUUAUAUCUGCAGUUACUUGCUCUAGGGUUAUCACCAGUUUACAGUCACAGGACACAGUCACAGAUCCAUCUGAUGCAGCAAGUUUGCCCCAUGUGAAGGAGAACAUUAUGUUUAAACAUAUUGAACGAAUUAAUGGAAAACAUCUCAUAAUACUUGGUUCACUUAUGGUUACAUUUGGAAUAAUCUCUGCAAUGUUUGGUGUAGCAGCUUUUAUCAUAGUAAUGGAUCAUGUUGCUUCCCUUGGGGCAGGGAUAUGGAGUGGGUUGACUUUCUUUGUAUUGACUGGAUGUUUUGGUAUCUAUGCAGGCAAGAGGAAAUAUACAUGGCAGAUUGUUUUGUUCCUGGUGGCAUCAAUUGUGUCAGCAUUGGCAGGAUCUGUAGGGCUCCUUAUCAUAUCAUCUCAAGAACUGGCCAAUGAUGUUAAGAUGAUUAACUCGAGAUACACCUCUUCCGCUAGAGAGAAAGAUGCUGCAAUUAACGCAGUGCUGGUUUUCAUCUCAAUUGUGGAGGGGGCUCUGUGUGUAACAUCUGCAGUUAUUUGUUUUAUGGCUAUCUGGAGGUUGUAUUCAAAGGAGCAACUGGCACACGAAGAGGUUACCGUAGUGAUGGAUAACACACAACAAUCAGCUCAAAUUGUUAACUAUCCACCAACACAAGAUAAAAUAGCAUCCAUAGACACACAAAUAGCUCCAUAGGCACAUAAAUAGCUCCAUGACAAACACAAAUAGCUCCAGGCAAAUCAGAAACUAAUUUCAUAUAGGAAUUGCAUGCUUUGCAUAACUAUUUGAAUAAUAUACAAAUAGUGACAUUCAUACUGAAUACCGAGUCCAGUGAAAAUACAGGGUGACCCAAAAAA